GUAUUGUCCACAUGAAUGCAAUAAUACGUAAAAUAACAUUAUAGUAUAUUGGUCUGGCCUUAAAAUCUAUGUGUUUAUCGAUCAUAAAAAAAAAAAAAUCGUGUCAUGCACAAUGAGCAGUCGGCAACAAACCAAAUGUUGAAACCAUUUUUACCUCUUUAUAAAAUGUCAGAAAACUUUGAGAAGACAAAACUUCUGGAAUGUAACAAUGAAUUAAGUGACAACACAACAGCGUUACAUGUAUGUACUGUAUUAUUGUUCAGCAGAGCUAGAAAUAAUGGGUCGUUCGUCCAAAGACAAACGCGACAUUUACUACCGUCUGGCCAAAGAAGAAGGUUGGAGAGCAAGGAGCGCCUUCAAGCUGCUGCAGCUCGACGAGGAGUUUAACCUGUUCGCUGGUGUGAACAGAGCUGUGGAUCUCUGUGCUGCUCCUGGUAGCUGGAGUCAAGUUCUCAGUCGGAAACUCAGAUGUCGUGAGGAGAAGUCUGACAGUGGUGAAGAGGUGAAGAUUGUGGCAGUGGACCUGCAGGCCAUGGCUCCUCUUCCAGGAGUUACUCAGAUUCAAGGAGACAUCACCAAGGUGUCUACAGCGGAAGAGAUCGUACGUCACUUUGAGGGUCGCCCAGCCGACUUGGUAGUGUGUGAUGGCGCUCCUGACGUAACGGGCCUCCAUGAUGUGGAUGAGUACAUCCAGGCUCAGCUGCUACUGGCUGCGUUGAACAUCACUACUCACGUACUUAAACCAGGUGGAACUUUUGUGGCCAAGAUUUUCCGGGGCAAAGAUGUGACGCUGCUGUACUCGCAGCUUAAGAUCUUUUUCAGCGGCGUGACAUGCGCCAAGCCUCGUAGCAGUCGGAACUCCAGCAUUGAAGCUUUUGUGGUGUGUCAAAACUACCAUCCUCCAGAAGGUUACGUGCCCAACAUGUCCAACCCUCUGCUUGAUCACUCCUACGAUGUAGACUUCAACCAGCUAGAAGGCCCGAACCGAAUCAUCGUGCCUUUCCUCGCGUGUGGAGACCUGAGUGCCUUUGACUCCGAUAGGACUUACCCUCUUCAGCUGGAAGCAGGAAAAGAGUACCAGUACACGCCGCCCACCCAGCCACCCAUCAGCCCCCCUUACCAACAGGCCUGUCACCUCCGCAAAAACAACUUGCUCUCCAAAGAGGAAUCUUCCAAUUCCGGACCACAACAGAGCGGAGAACAGACCAAGGCUGACUAACCCAGCAAGUUUUAUUACCAUCUGUUAAAUAAGAUUAUGUUUUUAAUGUUUUUAUUUUAAUCUCGAAUGUUCAGUAGACACGGUUUGCAUGUCUGCCUGACAGUUUUAAACAUUUUGGCUCAAAUCCUGCUAUUCCUGUGUAGAGUUUGCUUGUACUUCUCUGGGCUCAUGUGGGUUUUCUUAGAAUUAUACAUUCGGUUCAUUGAAGAAUCGCUCGCCCAUAAUUAUUUGGCUUAAAACAGUAUGAGCCCUGAUAGGCAGAGAAACAUUCAGUUAGUUUUCCUAAAUGGGCCCUAAUGUUGAAAAUAUGAGUGAUGAAAGGUGAAUGAAUGGAUGGAUUAGUUGUACUUAUUAAAAAAUAAAAGACAUUUACUGUGCAUCAUGCUCAUAGUUUUACAAUGGUAGGACUAAAUUUAAAAAAAGGACGUUUCACAUUGUUAGAAAAACAAUUUAACCCUUUCAGAGACAAUGGUCACUACAGUGGACAGCUAUUCCAACGUUGACACUUAAGACAAUGCUUUAUAUAGUGCAAAUAAAUUUUAAGUCAUUAAAACAUGAGCAAUUAUUCAUAGUAUUGUAUUUUUUUAUAUAUAAUUUUAAUUAAUACAAGGUUAAAAGCGAAUUAUAUUAAAAUGAAUAAAACCAAAUGCACCCUAGAUACGACCCCAAGUAACAAUAAAGUUGACACAUUGUA